ACCGCCCAAUAAACUCACAUCACGUCAAUACUAAAAUACGCCGCCUCCCCUUUUACCCCCCCAAUCGGCGAUUCCCAAUUUCCCGUAUAUAUAACGCGGGUUUCAAAUCUGAUCAGUAAUCAAUUCAUUUCCUCGAUCGAACAGCACCUGAGGCUGAGUAUAUCAUACAUGAGCAAAUGAGCACUCACAAUAUUACAGUUACAUGGAGGGGGAAGAAGUUCAUUGUGGAGAUGAAUUCAGCUGCUUCUCUCAAAGAUUUAGGGCAUGAACUGCAGAAAUUGACCGAUGUUAAAGCAGAUACUAUGCGUCUCAUUGUACCACGGGCUUUCGAUCAAAGUUCAAAAUUGCUAUCCCCUUUCUCUGAGGAACACUCUCGUCUACAUUUGCAAGAAAUAUCCUUUUUCGAGGGGAAGUCUAUCAGGAUGAUGGGGGUGCCCAAAGAUGAGGUGGAUGAAAUUCUUCAAAAUGCGAAGGCAAACUUGAGGAUAGCUGGCUUUGAGGAAGAGGAAAAGAGAAUGAGGCAGAGAAUGUUGGACAGGCCCCAUGGCUCACUGAAACUUCCACAAGGACAAUACAUAUUUUGUGAAUUUCGCACCCUUCAUAUCCCCGGAAUAGAGUUGAGUCCUCCAGCUUCAGAGGCACUUAAAAGAAUGCACAUGCUUGCUGCAGAUCCUGGAAUUGUUGCUAUCAUGAAUAAGCACCGUUGGCGGGUAGGAAUCAUGACAGAGAUGGCCCCAGUGGGUUAUGUUGGUGUGAGUCCCAAGUGCCUUCUUGGUUUCAACAAGAAUCAAGGAGAGGAGAUAUCCCUUCGCCUUCGAACUGAUGAUCUCAAGGGUUUCAGGAAAUAUGAGAGUAUAAAGAAAACUCUAUUGCAUGAACUUGCACACAUGGUAUAUUCUGAGCAUGAUGCGAGCUUCUUUGGUCUAGAUAAACAGCUUAACCAAGAAGCUGCUGCUUUAGAUUGGACAAGAUCAAAGGGCCACACUUUAAGUGGAGUCAGGCAUUCAGAAAACUAUGAGGAGUUUUUUGUUGAUGAUCACAGUAGUUCUUCUCAUAAACUUGGGGGAAAGACACCUGAUCAGUUGGCUAAUGCACGGGCGAUUUCAGUUGCUGCCGCUUAUCGCCGAUUAGCAAAUGUAUCUCCUGUGGAUAAGGAUCAUGACCCUGAUGACUUUGGACUUGGUGUUCACCAAGAACCCGAAUCCAUGGAUGUGGAAGAAAUAGGAAAUCUGAACACUAAGAAUUCUGACAAAGCUCACUGGAAAGAUGAUGAGCCUGAUCCUGAUGACUGCUCGAACAGUCAGAAUAAGUUCGAGCCUGAUCCUGAUGAUAUUGAAAAUGUUGAAGCCAUGGAAUCAGAACCUUAUUCAGGAUCUACCAGAGGCAUAAUUAGUUUAGAACCAGAUCCUGAUGAUUCUCUCAUGACACAGUUUUUACCUUCUGCAACUGAGAGGGAGAUAGCUAGAAGUAAGGCGCGUGAAGAACCUGAUCCCGACGGUUCAGAAGUGUCAAACAAGACUGUUGAUGAACCUGAUCCUGAUGAUUAUCAAGUAGAACAAGAGAAGAUGGGAUGUGGAAACGUUGCAAGACCUGAUCAAGGUGGUGCUGUAUCGAUUGUAGACAUAGAAAACAAAAGCCAGUUGAGUAGGGAUGACAGAGAACCUGAUCCUGAUGAUUCUCUAAAAAAUGGAGGCGCGCAAACUAAUGAGCCUAAUCUGGAUGAUCAAGAAUUACAGAGAAUCCAAGACCCUGUUACUAUAAUAUGUACCCGGCUUCAGAAGGCAAUUGAGACGCUGCAAUCUGAAGUUAAUCCCACAGAGAUUAGUGGGGUCCUCCAGACCCUAUUUAAGAUAAUUAGGAACGUGAUUGAACACCCUUCUGAGAUGAAGUUCAAAAGAAUCCGUAAGGAUAAUCCAAUCAUCCGACGAAAUGUAGCGAAUUACAAAGCUGCUAUGGAAAUUCUUUCCUUGAUUGGUUUCAAUGAAGAUGUCGUGUCGGAUGACAUUGGAAGGGCAGAAACUUAUUUGGUGUUGAAGCGUAAUGACCCGGGCUUGUUGUGGCUCGCCAAAUCGUCCCUCGAGACAUGCAUUGCUUACUAGGCAUGGUAUUCGCAUUUCAGAACGAAGCAGACUACAAAGUUGAGGUGCGGAGAAAAGGUAGAACUGGAAACAGAAACUCAAUUGUGGUGAUUUGUGCAUCCAUGUGUAUAGUGUGUGAAAGAUUUAGAGGGUUGUACGAAUGUGCUGUGACAUUCACAAACAUGUGAUUAAAGAAAGGCUGCUUGUCAUAAUUUGAAUGGUGGGAGCUGUAUUGUAUUGUAGAUGGUUGAAUUUGGAUGUUAAAUACAGUAUUAUUGACGUAAUUGUUGUAUCCGAUCAGCUUAUUGUGAAUA